UGUUGCUAAGGGGCUGUGUUCCGGCCGCCGUAGCUCAAGACAAAAGCAAAGAGGAACGUACUAAAAUGUCACCUGAAGUUGCCUUGAACAGAAUUUCUCCAGCGCUCUCACCCUUCAUUUCCAGUGUGGUCAGAAAUGGAAAAGUAGGACUGGAUGCUACUAAUUGUUUACGGAUUACAGACUUGAAAUCUGGUUGUACAUCCUUGACGCCUGGACCUAGCUGUGAUCGGUUUAAGCUACAUAUCCCUUAUGCUGGAGAAACACUCAAAUGGGAUAUAAUUUUCAAUGCUCACUAUCCUGACCUGCCACCAGAUUUUAUCUUUGGAGAGGAUGCUGAAUUUUUGCCAGAUCCUUCUGCCUUGCAUAAUUUAGCUUCUUGGAAUCCUUCAAACCCUGAAUGCCUCCUGCUUGUUGUGAAAGAGCUUGUGCAACAGUAUCACCAAUUUCAGUGCAGCCGAUUACGUGAGAGCUCUCGUCUCAUGUUUGAAUAUCAGACUUUACUUGAAGAGCCCCAAUAUGGAGAAAACAUGGAAAUCUAUGCUGGCAAAAAAAACAACUGGACUGGAGAAUUCUCAGCUCGCUUCCUCUUGAAGUUGCCUGUAGAUUUCAGCAAUAUUCCUACAUACCUUCUCAAGGAUGUGAAUGAAGAUCCUGGAGAAGAUGUUGCACUUCUCUCCGUUAGUUUUGAGGAUGCAGAAGCUACUCAGGUUUUUCCUAAGCUGUAUCUCUCCCCGCGUAUUGAACAUGCGCUUGGAGGAUCAUCUGCCCUUCACAUCCCAGCCUUUCCUGGUGGAGGUUGUCUCAUUGACUACGUACCCCAAGUAUGCCAGCUUCUAACAAAUAAGGUACAAUAUGUUAUUCAGGGAUACCAUAAGAGAAGAGAGUAUAUCGCAGCUUUCCUGAGUCACUUUGGAACUGGUGUGGUGGAAUAUGAUGCAGAAGGCUUCACAAAGCUUACUCUGUUGCUGAUGUGGAAAGAUUUUUGCUUCCUUGUUCACAUUGACCUACCCCUCUACUUUCCUCGAGACCAACCAACCCUAACGUUUCAGUCCGUCUACCACUUCACUAACAGUGGCCAGCUGUACUCCCAGGCCCAGAAGAAUUACCCUUACAGCCCCCGCUGGGAUGGCAAUGAAAUGGCCAAGAGAGCAAAGGCAUAUUUCAAAACGUUUGUCCCUCAGUUCCAGGAGGCAGCAUUUGCUAAUGGGAAGCUUUAGGCAGCCUCGGGCACGGAGAUGAUACCGGACAGAUCCUUCAGUCUGCACGUGUCCUGUCAGCCUGCAAGAAGAAUGCCUGGAAAUGGGUUGGACUGUCUUGAUAGGUGCUUUCUUGCCUCUGAAAUGGUUUUGGUAGCUUCAGUUAUUGUCAGAUUUCUGAAACAAAGACCUCACUAGCAUGCUUAAAGCUGAAUGUUUGGUAUUCGUCCUGUCCCUUUACCUCUACCACCACUGUUCCUUUAUAUAUCCACUGGAUUAAAUUUAAAAGGGCAUGUUUUGAUAUGUUAACAUUUUCUUGUGCCAACAAUGUCCUGUAUGUUAUGCCUUGUUUCCUUGUCUUCAGAUGGUGUAAAAUGGAUAAUUUUUUUUCCCACGCAAAUACUAUGUAAUUUGUAUAUUUAGUUAACAUUUCCAGCUUAUCCUAAGAAAAUAUAAAACUGCCAUAUGUACCAGGAAUGCCUAAUGGACUGUACAGUGCCAUAUUCUGCCUUGGAGGUUUGCGUCUCACUGUGGUUGUUAUUCUCAGAGGUAUGGAUAUGAGUUGCACUGUUCAAUUCUCAGUGCCUUUCAAGCUAGUCUGAUAUUAAUAUGGCAAGGUAUUGGAGGGGAUUUUUUAAUAUUUCAGUUGAAACUCAUCUUAUAUGAAAUGCUAUGCUCUUAUGCUUUGUUUUUAUUUCCAGUUGUGCAAUUUUGGUGCUUUUCUAAUUAAGUCCCCUUGCCAUUAUGAAAAAGUUCUACUUCUUCAGUACCGAUGUGCAAGGAACUAGUUAUAUAAAUCAGUAUAUAACUAAAAUAAAGCUGUUUCAUAGGCCUGUAAUUUUUCCAAGUAAGAUAAAUACUGCUAAGAAGCAGACUUUCAACAAAGGAAUGAAUGAUGUCUUGGAAAAUAACUGAUGAAAUAAUGUAAGGCUAUAGGUAUUUAGCUUAAUGCUUAAGUUCAACAUGUCUUCUCAGAAAUAAUUUUAAGUGUAUAUAACUGGAAACGUUACCUCCCCUAAUUCUGAAACGCCAAAUGCAAAAUCCCACCUAUUCAUCCUUUCUUUUACGCUUGUGUCAGGCGCACCAGUUGGGGCUAACUGUCACAAUGUCACUUCCCAAAUUAAUUUGUAAAUAGACCAGGGUACUUUCCAGUAAGGAAUAAAAUUAACAGUGUAUGUUGCUUAUAAAUGGCAUAUGGAAAAUGUGCCCUACUUCUUCUAAAUAUAAGGAACUAAAUGAAUAGUAUGCAGAUGAUACAGUGGCACUGGAAAACAUUUAAUUUGAAAUUAUUCACUAUAGCACCACUAUCUGCUUAUUCAAUGAAAUUUCAUCAAAUUACUUGAUUGGCAGCUUUCUCCUACCCUUUCUAAAAUUUGUUAUUUUACAUUAAAAAUAGUGCUUUCCAGGGGAAUGUCCGCCUAGGAGAUGUAGAUGGGUUUUGAGCAGUGAAGCUUAAUAAUUAAGAAUUAUGCAAAUAAUUCGCCUCUAGAAACUACGGGUAAUUUUAGCUAGUUUAUAGGCAAAAUUUUAGUUUAUGUUUAAUACUGAAGUUCUUGGCUGGAAAUUAAGCAGCAAACAACAUCAGAAGCCUUAUUCCAAGUCUAUGGAGGAGGGGGCAUAUUCUGUCCUGUGACCCACCCCCUUGUGACUCUCGCUGCAUUUUCUGAGGGCUGUAAAUGGCUCCAAAGGUCUGAGCCUGAAUUCCCUCAUUGGAGGCAUUGCAUUAGGAUUUGCAUGCAAACCAAAACUUAAAGCAGAUGUGGAGGGUAAUGGUUUUAUGUGAAUAGCAAAACUGUAACUGAACAACCUUAAAUGGCUGAAAACAGGCACUGUUUGGUAUACUGGGAUGAUCUCACAUCUGCAUUUCUUCAGGUAAAAGUCAAAGCCACACACACAUAUUCAAGAAUAAGCUAACUCUUGUGAAUGGGGUGGGAGAAGGAGGAUGGCUAAUGAAAAACAUUUAUUCUCAUAGUGCUCAAAAUCUGAUAGAAACAAUCUCUAGCAUUUUCAAAAGGUAAAACCCAAACCUUCAAGUUGCAUCAGUAGAUUCCUGGAGUCUUACACUUUAUAACCUUACACUUUAUAACCUUGUUUUUGACUCAGUAUUGUAGUGAUUGCUCCAUGAACACAGUGUUUGCUUUAUAUACCUGCUUGUCCAAGUGGUACCAGUAUUUUUUUUAAUCUUUUCAGAAGUUACCAUGAUUCAAAGGCUAGCAAUUGCAAAACAUUUCAGAAGGAGGUCCGCUCUUCAGCAUUAAUAUGCAUUUUCAACCAAAAAUACAUCCUUCACCUCAGUCCUAGUAAUUUUGGUCAAAGGACUGCUUUAUUAUUAAGAUCUAAGAGUUUUAGAAGCCAUGUAAGAAAGGACUUUAAGAAUAUAAAAAGCCUAUGCCAGCAAUUCCUUAUGUUGAAUUCAGUGAUGUUUCACUAACUUUUCUCUAGCAUAUAUGGAAAUGUGCCAAUGGUUUCAGUCUAAUUUUACUUCAUGCCACAACUGGUAGUAUUUUGGAAAAAAAAAAGAAAAAGGUAGAAGAGUUGAGAAACUGAACUGUUUGGGCUUAAGAUAAAGUCUGCAAGCUUAUCAAAUUUUAGAUUAAAAGAAAAGGCAUUUUUGUUACACUUAAUGAACAUAUUCUAUAUUCAAAGCCGCUCUGCACUCUUUGACCUGCACAGUAUUUUAUGGAGCCUUUCCUGAUAGUUCUCAGAAGAAUGUAUUGGGGGUGUUAGCACUACAAAUGGGGUAAUGGGAGGAAAGGCAUAGAAAUGAGUAAACUCUUCUCUCCAGAAGGAGGAUUGCUAUAUCAAUACUACAUCGGAAAAGAGAGUUAGUUUUAAUAAUUUUAUAUUGAAUCAAGUAUCUGUUGAAGGCAUUUAAGAUAGCCACAAAAGUUGUAAUCUAGUAAGAUGGAGUUAUUUCAGUUAUCUCCUGUUUUAUGAUAAUAUUCAUUGUGGCCUGUUUAAUGGCAAUGAGACUUUCAGCGCUUUAUUUCCUAUUACAUGAUUUAUGCAAUUAAAAUGAGCAGUCAGACGUAGGCUAGUUUCUUUGGUUUAUGAGAACCACAAAACAUAGGAGAAAAAUAGCAAUGUUAUGAACAUAUUGAAAAGCCCAAGUUCUACUCUGCCAUAAUUUUGAUUGAAAGAAUGCAGUAAGUCUCUAGUUACUAAACUCCACUAAUGCAUGAUUUUCCAAAGGUCCUUGAGGUGCAAACUUACAGUCAAGCCUUGAUUCAUCUGCAUAUGUAAUCCACUGUGCUAGAAGUAAUCUUUCGGAUUCAGAGUUAGACUUCUUGUGAACUUGCUGGAAAGACUGGACAAACAGCUGGCAGAAUAAAUAAAAGUUCACUAUAUCAUAUGUAGUUUGGCCUUCACUGAUCUUUCUGUUGUGCUGGUCAUCACUUUGUUGAUCAGCACGUUUCAUUUGCUGAACCAGCAACAUUUUCAGUAUCAUCUGUGUCCUUGAACAUCCUCCCAUUCAUAUAUGGAGUAGACAUGACUCAGUUUUUGAGAAGAAAUCAUUUCUAGAAUUAGCAGGGAUCUCCUACGCAUUGGUAGACCCUCACUAGGCAUGUUUCUAUGCGAGUUUCCUUCCCCUCAUCCUGUCUGGCACUCGUGGCAGUAAGCAUCUUUGGUGAAUCAGUCAGAAGGCGAGAUUUAGCAAUGAAGUGCAGUACCUUAAGUCUUACUUCAGGUGGUUUUACACAGAGACUUCUUACCUAGGAAAGAGGGGAAUAGGUUUGGUUAGUCUCUGUCAAGCAGCGCCUCCUAAAAGAAGGCUGGGGGUGUAACAAAAGUCAAAAACCAGUUUAAGUAGUGAGUAGGGACUGCUGCUUGGGCAUCUUCCUCCUCCCGUGUCAGUACCCUUAACAACUGGAGAAGCAGCAGGCAAUAGAAACCCACAGUAGCAUGUGAGGGUCACCCCUGCAGGUCUGAAAUACGUUUCUAAUACCACGUCUACACAGCAGCGAUACACGGAGAUGAAGGGGAGGUGUCCUCUGUCAGCAGAGAAGAGGAGUUUCUCAGCCUUCCAACUUUGUGAGAAAGGCAUGGUGCAAGGAGGUAACAAGCUUUGGACAUGGCUUCUGAAUGUUACUGUUAAUUACAGGGUGCUGUCCUUUCCCUGUGAAGCAAAUUAAGUCUGUGACCAAACUGACUGCCAGUGAACUCUCUUCCCUUAAAUUACUUAUGUCUCUGUAAUUGAUGUAUUGUAACCUAAAGGUUACACUGUUUCUUACUUCUUAAAUGUUACUGAAAAUCCUUUGUCAUCUCCUUUUCAGUUUUUAUUUUCAGGUGUCUGUAAUGUUCUGACAAUUUUGUUUCAUCCUUACUAGUUACUGCUAUUUUUAUCAACUUUGAGGUUUAUGUUUUAACAAGGCAACCAGUAGUUGUUCCAAGUGUGUGCCAGCGUCGAAUGGACCUACAUUAAAUACGAAAUGAUUUGAUGUAAAAAUAAUCAGUCUUACUGUAGAAACUGUUUUUUAUUUAUUAGGCUGAGUAUUGCAUUCUCCGCAACAGAAUAAUUCUGAGAAAAUACUCUGUUGUUACCCAGAACAGAGAGGAUAAUUAUGCUGACGGCAUUGGAUACAUUUUUUGCACCAAAUCUUAGUUUAAUUCGCAUCUUAGCAU